UCCUGUUUUUAAAAGUGUUUAACGAAUUUUUCUGGGUCAGUGGGUUUUCAGUUUUCAGAAGCAGGCGAUGUUUUUUUUCUGUUGCCUCAGCUGUGAUGAAGCUUUUCAGAAGGUGAACUUGAGCUACCGAACAGAGAAGGGGCUGUCCCUGCUGCAUCUCUGCUGCGUUGUGGGAGGUAGUAAAGCCCGUAUCCGCACCCUAAUGCUCAAAGGCCUGCGUCCUUCCAGACUGAGCAGGAAUGGAUUCACUGCGCUCCACCUGGCUGCUUACAAGGAUGAUGCUGAGCUGGUCACUGCACUACUUCAUGGAGGGUCAGACGUGCAGCAGGUUGGGUACGGGGCCCUCACUGCCCUGCAUGUCGCCACACUGGCUGGACACCAGGAGGCAGCAGAUAUUCUCCUACAGCAUGGAGCUUAUGUGAACGUCCAGGAUGCUGUGUUUUUUACCCCACUCCAUAUUGCUUCCUAUAACGGCCACGGGCAGGUGGCAAAGUUGCUGCUGAAGUUUGGGGCAGAUGUGAAUUCAAGCGGCGAGGUGGGGGACCGGCCGCUGCACCUGGCUGCAGCCAAGGGUUUCCUCAGCAUCAUUAGACUGCUGAUGGGAGAGGGGAGCAAAGUUGACGUGAACGCCCAGGACAAUGAGGAUCACGUUCCUCUCCACUUCUGCGCCCGUUUUGGUCACCAUGAGAUUGUGCGCUUCUUUCUGCAGGGCAACUUUGACGUACAGCCUCACUCUGUCAACAUCUACGGAGACACACCACUACACUUGGCCUGCUAUAAUGGCAAAUUUGCAACAGUUAAGGAGAUUAUACAGUUUUCUGGCACAGACAGUCUUACAAAGGAGAACAUCUUCAGCGAAACAGCACUUCACAGUGCAUGCACCUAUGGUAAAGACCUGGAGAUGGUGAAGUUUUUGUUGAGCCAGAGUGCUAUGAGCAUCAACCAUCAGGGCAGAGAUGGACACACAGCCCUGCACAGUGCUUGUUUCCAUGGCCACAUCCGCCUGGUGCAGUUCUUGCUGGACAGCGGGGCAGACAUGAACCUGGUUGCCUGCGACCCCAGCAGGUCCAGCGGGGAGAAGGACGAGCAAACCUGCCUGAUGUGGGCUUAUGAAAAAGGUCACGAUGCCAUCGUCACCUUAUUGAAACACUACAAACGUCCAGAUGACUCCCCCUGCAAUGAGUACUCCCAGCCAGGAGGUGAUGGGUCCUACGUUUCUGUCCCGUCUCCUCUGGGAAAGAUCAAAAGCAUGACUAAAGAGAAAGCAGAAGUUCUCCUGCUCAGAGCCAGCCUCCCAUCUCAUUUCCACCUUCAACUGUCUGAGCUGGAGUUUAAUGAAAUUAUUGGAUCAGGCUCCUUUGGAAGGGUUUACAAAGGAAAGUGCCGAAACAAAGUUGUUGCCAUAAAACGCUAUCGAGCCAGCACAUACUGCUCAAAGUCAGACGUGGAUAUGUUCUGCAGAGAGGUGUCCAUCCUCUGUCGCCUCAAUCACCCCUGUAUCAUCCAGUUUGUGGGAGCGUGUCUGGACGACCCCAGUCAGUUUGCCAUCGUCACCCAGUACGUCUCUGGAGGCUCACUGUUUUCUCUGCUUCACGAGCAGAAGAGCAGAGCAGUCCGUCUCAGGUCUCAUUAUCCUCCUGGGAAGUGGCCCCUCACCAACCCCCCCUCCCCUCCUUUGCCGGGAUCAUCAUUGAUCCAGAUGAAGUGUUCCGCUAACUGUGUGCCCAGGCUUAUUGACCUGCAGUCCAAGCUCAUCAUUGCCAUCGACGUGGCCAAGGGCAUGGAGUACCUGCACAACCUCACCCAGCCUAUCAUCCACCGUGACCUCAACAGUCACAAUAUUCUGCUUUAUGAGGAUGGACAUGCUGUGGUGGCUGAUUUUGGAGAAUCCAGAUUUCUACAAUCUGUGGAAGAGGACAACAUGACCAAGCAGCCAGGGAACCUGCGCUGGAUGGCUCCCGAGGUCUUCACCCAGUGUACUCGCUACUCAGUGAAAGCAGAUAUGUUCAGCUACGCCCUCUGUCUGUGGGAGCUGCUUACUGGAGAAAUUCCCUUCGCUCACCUGAAACCUGCUGCUGCAGCAGCAGACAUGGCCUACCAUCACAUCCGGCCUCCUGUUGGCUACUCCAUCCCCAAACCCAUCUCUGCACUACUGAUGAGAGGCUGGAACGCCUGCCCAGAGGACAGGCCUGAGUUCUCUGAAGUGGUUACCAACCUAGAGGAAUGCUUGUGCAAUGUUGAGCUGAUGUCUCCAGCCUCCAGUAACAGCAGCGGCUCCCUGUCACCCUCCCCCUCCUCGGACUGUCUGCUUGGGCGUGGAGGACCCGGCCGGAGCCACGUGGCCGCCCUGCGCUCCAGGUUUGAGCUGGAGUACGCUCUCAACACUCGCGCCUACGCCUUCUGGACUCAGAGUGAGCGGAGACGUGCAUCUGGAGGCCUUUCACUGGAGGAACUAAGAAGGAACAUGCAGUUUUCUCCUAUUGAUCGAAACGGGUAUGUGUCUGAUCCCAUGAGCACUAUGCGAUUCUGCUCUUCCUACAGCAGCAGUGGCAGCUUCGAAGACAGUAACUAACUCUUCCAAGAGCUCCGAGCACUUUUUAUUAUGUGCUAACUAAUUCAGACAUUUGUCACUGUUAUUGAGUUUUCACUGUAUAUAUAUGCAGGUGGUAGAUGUAGUAGAUAUUGCCGACUAACUUGCUAACUAAGAUGAGUAUUUAGUUGUAGCAUAAUGUAUAAAGACGAGUGGUUUUUGAAUUUACACCUUACCUCCCAAUAUUUUUUGCCCUGUGUUACUUUAAGUUCAUUUGAUACAAACAAUGUGUAAAAUUUGUGCAUUAUUCAGUUCUUGUAAAUACAUGACCAGCAGAUUUUGUUUUUGUGUACAUGCUUUGCAUAAAUCUGAAAUGCAAGCUUUGAGAAGCCCAGUUAAUGUAUGCAAUGAUCCUGAUGUUCAGUGUAUACACAUCUUAAUCUUUUUGUUUGUCAAGAAGAAAAAAAAAACAGAAAGUCCACUGUC